AUGUGGAGCGGUAUUAAAGCCAUCACGUCCUGGAAACCUAGUGCUGGGAAAAUCGGAUCUGUUGGCCCAGCUCUGCCUAAUGAGCUGAACACGUUCUACUGCCGCUUCGAAUCUGCUGAUGCCUGUCCUACUGUCUUUCCUGAUUGCCUCAAUCAAGGGGCGUUCACCGUGACUCAGGAGGCAGUCCAGCGGGUCUUGUCCAGCACCAUUGUCCGGAAAGCCCCAGGCCCGGACGGCAUCCCUCCUCGUGUCCUGAAACUGUGCUCUGAGCAACUUGCCCCUGUUUUAACAGACAUUUUUAACCUGUCGCUAAGGGACUGUGCUGUGCCGAACUGCUUCAAAGAGUCGACCAUUAUCCCAAUUCCUAAGAAAACUCCUGUGACAUGCCUUAAUGACUAUCGUCCUGUGGCCCUCACUUCUGUCCUAAUGAAGACUUUUGAGCGGCUUGUGCUGGACUUCAUUAAGAGCCAGAUCCCUGUGAGUGUUGACCCGCUCCAGUUUGCUUACAGACAGAAUAGGAGUGUGGAGGAUGCCAUCUCCUUUGCUCUGAACUCUGUCUACAACUCUAACCUGAUCAUCAAAUAUGCUGAUGACACCACCAUCAUCGGUCUCAUCAGUAAUAACGAUGAAUCGUCUUAUAGAGCCGAGAUCCAAAACGUGUCGCAAUAG